GUCAGGGGAAUAGCAGGGACUUCUGGUCAAGCCAAUCCCAGGUGUCCUGUGUGAUCAAACUUCUGGAAAAAAAACCCACGCAAAAUGCUCCUGCAGCCUAGGGUCAUCCUAGCUUUAGGCAAUGGUUUCCGAAAUGUCAGGCCCUCUACUAUUUAAAAUCGUCGGAGAAGAGCCAAGGGUGCGAGGAUAUUUCAUUCCAGCAUACAAUUCCCUGUGGAAACCUGAGAAAGGGGAAUACCUCGACUGCAGGGCUAUUGAUGAGCCGUAUGAUGAAAACCCUGGAAGAUUAAGACGUGUCCUUUACAUCAUGAAAGAUGGGCACAAAGUCGGGACAGUUAUGACUGAAAUUUCAUCUAUUGAGAGUGUGAAAGAUUUUGUUUUUAGUGAAGAUGUCAGGUGUAAAGUAGUGAACCCGAGGCCACUCAGAAACAAAGAAAAGGGGCUUGAGAUACAUGUGGAAUAUGAAUUUUACAGGAACAAAGGAAAGGAAACCCCGUCACACUUGUCAGACGUCAAAAUAGGAAGGCUUCUCAAAGAUAUCCAAACACAACUGCAAGAGAAGCCUGGUUUAAAUUUCAAAAGCACUAGAUCUGGAACAAUUGCAAUGAACAAGGCAGACCCUGCUUCAGCCAGUUCUACCAAAGCUAAGGCUAAAGUUACAUGUAAGAAGGACCUCUCUCAGUCUGCAUCAUGUACAGCUUUUUCUGGCCCUGCAGAAAAGCCCCCAUCACAGCAAGCAACAACAGGCAAUCUUCACAGCUGUAUGGAUGGCAACAUCCCUGGACAACUUCCAUCUCCUGAAAUGCCGUCACCUGGACCAUUAUCUGUGUCACCUUCUAAGAGGAGUAGGACCAGGAGCUAUGACAAAGAUAAUAAAGAAAACCUUAAGACAGAAAUUUCAGACAUGGCUGGAGGGGAUGGUAGGGCGAAGUCGGGAUGUCCGCCACCAGAUGCUCCAUACCGAAAUCCCCGCACAGUUCCCUGGAAGAAUUGUGAGCCUACACACCAGCAGCUGUGGCAGUUGGCAUUGCUAGUUGGUGUUAACUGGACUGGCAUUGGGCUUGAAUUGAACAUACCAGAUGCUAAAUUGGAGACAAUAUAUUCUGAAAAUCGUGAUGGUAAAACUGUCAAGGUGGUAUAUGAAAUGUUCAAGGAAUGGAUGAGGAGAGAUAAAGUUAAGCAUGUUAAGCCAACACUCAGCCACCUAAGAGACAGCAUAUUGAGGUCGGGUGUCAACUUCACGUGGGACAGUGUACCAGAUGAUGUACUUGAAACCAGAAGCAAUGAAGAGACUCCUGUAGUAAAGUGCCAAGACUUUUCGACUGCAGCUGACAAUCAGGCUGCAAAUACAUAUGCAGCUACUGACACAAAUGGUUCUGCUGCUAAUGAAAAGGUCACAAAACGUGUCCUCAGGAAGUCGAAAUCAUGUUGAGUAUGGAAGAAUAUAUAAGAUCUCAUUCAAAGAUAGACAAUCACUUUAAUUACAGAAGAACAAUGUUUAUCAAUGUUUUUAUUUGAGUGCAAUGUUUUCUUUUGACAGUUGAGAGUGAUAUGUGGACGAUAUACUGAUAGUCACAUUAUGUAUUCACAUUGAAUGUGCUGAAUAUGCAUGUUUAGCUUUUGUUGUAUUUGUGAUUGUGUCUAUUUUCUGAAAUGGUUCUGUUCUAAAAUUUUAUCUUUGCAAUGAAGUCCAGGCUGUACUUUGGUCAUUUUUGCCAUUUAAUUUCCUGAAGGGAGGAGCCUAUACUGAUAACAGUUGCCCCUUUGUUUAUCCGUCCAACUCUCCUGUCCAUUCAUUACAUUCAUCCACCCAUCCAUCCAUCACACCCUUGUUGGGAGAAUAAACUCAAAACUACUUAAGGGAUUGAAAUAAAACAUAGAUGGCAAUGAGAGGAAGUGCAGUGCACAAUAACCAUAAUCCUAUCAUGCAUAUUUAUUAAGUAACCAACCCUUAACCAUUUAUUUCAUAAUCUUUGCAUGUCUAGGACUUAUCUUGUACUUAAGGGAUUUAAAUGAAACUGCAAGGAAUUGCAAUGCACAAGAACAAUAAUCCUGCCCUGCAUAUUGUUUUGGUCAUCUGCUCUGUGAUCUUUUUUAUGUAAAUUGGUGUUUGUCUGGGCCAUUAUCUUCGAAAGUUCUGAAGGGUUUGAAAUGAAACUUCAAAUAUAGAUAGAUGGCAAACAGGAAGUGCAGUACACAAGAAUGACAAUCCUACCUUGCAUGUUUAUUUAGUUAUUUCCCUUUAAUCUAAUGUUUUCCAUAAUUGGUGCUUGUAGGAACCCUAUUUUGGAAUGUUCAAAAGGGAUUCAAAUGAAACUUUGUAUAUAAGAAGGCUCUUCAUGAAGUUUGUGGCAAAGCAAAUUCACUCCACCAAUUAGUAACAAUAUAACAUAUUCAACAUUUCAAUUAAUAUAUUGUGAAGAAGGAUUGAACCUUUUAUUCAGAAAUAUUUAUUGAUAGCCUUUCUAUGUGUAGUUUUUUACAACCAUCCCUUUCGGCACAGAGCACUUUUGACACUUUAUGGCGUCAUGAUAUAAGAAAUGCAAUGCAUUUCAAAGACUUAUCUGCUCAUUAAUUUUUUAUGCUUAAUCUUUUCCUAUGCUUAAUCUUAUUGUUUUUUCUCCAUCAUUUCAUGUUCUGAAACUACAAAUAUCUAUUAGUUAUGCCCCCCUUCGAAGAACAGGGGGUUAUAUUGCUUUGCACACGUAGGUCGGUAGACCAAAGCUUGCUUGAGUGAUAACUCGACAAUUCCUAGACCUGUUGUCAUCAAACUUGACAUGAAGGUUGGGAUUGACCAGUAGAUGACCCCUAUUGGUAUUAGGGGUCAUCGGGUCAAAUAUCAAGGUCAGAGUAACCAUCAAUGUGAAAAGGUUGUUCGAGUGAUAACUCAACAAUGCCUGCACCCAUGGCCCUUAAACUUAACAUUUAGGUUGGUGGUGACCAUUAGAUGGCCCCUAUGAAUUUUGAGGUCAAAGGUCAAGGUCACAACUCAUUGGUUAUUAAAAUUACGUCAUAUUUACUUAUUCUCUGCCAUGAGGAUACAUGUUUAUCUGAAAAUAUCAGUUAUCAACAUUAUUUAAAACUGUACCUACUAUCCUCACACUUUGAAUGGUCAUGCAACUUUUCCCAUCUACUGAUAAUUAAUUUCAAUUGCUGCUUUUUGAUUUCAUUGCUUGAAAUUGACUUUAAAAGUUAUUUCUCAAACCUGUCCAUAUCUUUGCAUAGAAAAUGGGCAUUUGGAGAGCAUCCAUCCAUUCCGGUGAUAAUCUUGUUUUAUUUUAAAUAUAGAGUUUUGAUUCCUGAUUUCUCCCAGAGAUGUGUAUCAUGGUGUUUAUGUUCCCAUUAACUCUUUCUCUUAGUUUAUAUAUUGUUUUUGUUAAUCUGUUACAAGGAUUUAUUGCGUUUAUUAUUUUUUCAUAAAAGUUCUAUGUAAAAAGUGUACUGCAUGUAUUUAAUCUGUUUAUUUAAAUUCUAUUUUUAAGACUUUAAAUAUCAAGAUAAGAGAUUGUUUUAGUUAAUAAUUUUUUUAAGUUUUGUUAUGUCUUCCCUGGGACAGUUUUUAACAAUAAGCUAUAUAUGGAGAAGAACUCAGAAAAUACUUGAAGGAAAUGAAAUCUCCCUUUGUUCUAUAUUAGCUUGUCUGUUUGUUUUUACAGAAAUGUCAUGCUAAUAUGAAAGCCUUAACUCCGUUCUUGUUUAUUGGAAUUGGAUUAAACUUACUAAGUGAACACAGUGCAAGACUCAUUACUUUAACACUUUGCAGAAAGGUUAUCAGCCCUAAUAAAAAAUAAUAAAGCAAAUGUUGUCCUCAGCAUAACUCAGAAAGUAUAUUUGAAGAAAACUUUGAACAAUGGUAAAUGGCAAUGUGUAAAAUGUUGUGCACAUCGCAAGAAUUAGUAUAACUCUUGAAAUCAUGGCGGCAGUGUUACCUAUUCUUGGACUUCCAUGGCUAUAUAAUAAAAUGCAGAAAUAAUUGGCAUGAUUAUUGAUGGAUAACAUGUGAAAAGUGCAUGAAAAAAGGGAAAUAAAUAUGCUUACCUAAAGUUGUAGCAGCUUCAUUGUGCCUCCUUCAGUGUGUUUAAUCUUACAUGUUGAUACAUUAUACUUUUAAGGAAAUUUUGGAAUGCUUAUAUAUAUGCAUGUAAUUAAGAUUCAUAUUUUUAAGUUUCCUUUUGCAAAACAAGCCAGUAGUGUGCUAGGCAAAUGUUUCAAAUGUCUUACUAGUAUUUUAAGUUUUAGCUUUAAUAAUUAGUUUUUCUUUAUAAAAGAUUUACUUUAUGACUGUAUGCUGUUGUAGUUUGUUUCUGUUUUGAUUUGUGCUUUAGUUGAUUGUAAAGAAAUUUAUCCAUUUUUAAGAUAAAUUAUAUUGUCU